CGGGAAAGUACCCGGUGGGCCCAAUGCCAUAAAAAGUGAGUCAUCUCCGGCGCUGUCCGAGGUGGCUCCGGCACCGUCACUUGGUAAGAGGAGGGCGGCAUCUCCCCCUGUGACUGAAGUUACAGAAGGCCGCCGUGAGGUGGCGGCGGAUCAUGAUGGGCAUACUUGGACCGAAAGAGAGAGGAGGAAAAGGAUGAGGAACAUGUUUACUCAUCUUCAUGCCUUACUUCCUCAACUUCCUCUUAAGGUAGACAAAGCGACUAUAGUGGAGGAAGCUGCGAAGCAGAUCAUCGCACUUCAAACAGCCAUUCUGCACCUCGAGAAACUAAAGCAGGAACGGCAGCUGCAGCUUCUAUCAUCUGCCGCCAGACCCAACGACGGCGAUCUUUCCUGCAUAUUCUCCCCCGAAAUCCCGCAAGCUCCGGCGGGCCGUGCUCACACGAGGGAGGAGUUCUUGGCCGACCACGGCCGCGGCUUCGUUCCCGCCCCAGGAUCGAAUCAUAAUCAUAAUCAUAAUCGUAGUGACCAGAACAUCAUCACCGUCCACCCUUAUUUGGCGACAGCUAAUAAUAUGGAUGAUGUGGGAAGAAGAGGAGGUGUUAAUUAUGAAGGGUGCUGGAGCUCAGCGAAGGUGUCAGUGAGCGUAUGCGGGGACGACGCACACAUCAGCGUUUGCUGUGAGGGGAAGAUAGGGCUGCUGUCGGCGAUUUGCUAUGUGAUGGAAAGGUACAAAAUAGAGGUGAUGUCUGCUCACGUUUCGUCUCCUCAUCGUCUUCGUAGCAUGCUCAUGAUUCAUGCCCGCGUGACAAGUGGAUAUGCAACUCAGUUUCCAGUGGAAGAAAUAUACAGGCAAGCCGCCGAAGAAAUUCUUCUGCUCUGCGGAUAACUAUUACCAGGCGCGCGCGGCCCUCAGUCUAUCUCUCUUCAUACAUUGCUCCGUGUUAUUUUCUUCUUCGCAUGACAUAUUUGGACCAUUUUGAGUAUAUACUGUAGUCUUGUUUAUUUUUAUUUUUGUACUAAGUUAAAAUCAUUUCAUUCAAAAAAAACAAAAGUUAAAAUGAUUUGUGCUUCGGUUCGGCUUAGGAGUAGUUCAGUUCGG